AACUCCCAUCCUCGGACAAUUUCAAACUGCAAAAGACACACAGCACAACUUAAAAGCAAACCAUGCUUGCGAUUCGAUUUAAGGAAGCAUUGGUUUUCAGUGGACUGAUUGCCCUGGCGUGCCAUAUCCAUGCCGAUAAUCCCGAAGAGUCUUCGUCCAAGGCGUCGCCCCGUUCUUCGGCUUCGUCGCCUACGCGACCGUUGGUGUUCGGGAUCUUGUCUCAACCCUUCUACGACGACGAAAGUGAUCACGACCCCGGAGACAACGGGUACAACCAUACUUACAUCGCUGCUUCCUACGUGAGAUGGCUCGAAAGUGGUGGGGCCAGGAGCAUCCCGAUCCCCUUCGACGCUCCUCCGUUCCUGGUAGAGGACAUUCUCGGCCAGGUCGACGGGGUUUUGUUUCCAGGAGGUGGGAGUUCGUUGCCAUCGUCGGCAAUCACUAUAUGGGAAUUGCUCCACAGCGAAAAAUAUUACUAUCCAGACGAAAAGGAAGGAAGGCAAGGCGACCGCAUUCCAUUGUGGGGAACCUGCCUCGGCAUGGAAUUCAUUGUUCAACUCGCAGCUGAUGUUGUUGGCUCCGGUCGCAAAAAUUGCGAAAUGGAUCGUGGUUGCGCCUAUGAUCGGAACAUACUAGAAAAGGGGUACGAUUCUACGAAUGUCAGUUGGCCUCUCCUCGAGGUACGAAAGAGUGGACUCUACAAACCUGACAGCGUUUAUGAAAUUGCAACGACGUACAACGUCACCCUAAACAAUCACCAUCUCGGAAUUUCACCCGAUCGAUUCCGAAACAAUUCUGGGCUGUCUCGACGGUUCGAUAUUACGUCCAUCAACUACGAUCACAAGGGCAAAGCGUUUGUGUCGACCAUCGAGCCAGCGAUGGAAGCUAGAAAUACGACGGAUUUAUCAAAUCCUUCUCCUUUUCCUCCUCCCGUAUACGGCGUGCAAUACCAUCCCGAGAAAAAUUCCCACGAGUACGGGCUCUACCCCGGGACAGCCAUUCCCUACGAGGCCAUCGACCAUUCUCAAGAAGGGGUCGAUUUCAGUAUCUACGAGGCUCGAUUUUUGGUCGACUUGGCUCGGAAGAAUGUCCUGAAUAGAAUCCACGAUGGCAAGAAAGACAACAAGUACAAUAAACCUGACCUCUAUCCAAUGGUAUUCACGUACCCCCGUAGAGUCGGUCAUAAAUUCGAGGAGAAAUACAUCCUGCCUCCUGCAAAGCAUUGGACGGACAAGAUAGAAGCGCUAGACAACAGCGAUUUCAGAGACAGAAAUCCCGAAGACGACGGCGAGAGCGAGGCUGCCAACUCAUGGUAUCGGGAUAAUUGGAAGGAACAGCGACGAGCAGAGAAGUUGCCCUCUUUAAGAGGAAGGCAUGACUAAUUUUCUAUCGCUUAAAACAUCGAAGGAAUAGUUUUUG